AUGAGCUUCUCCAACACGGCACGUCACACUAGCGGCACUUCCACCACGACCACUACAACCUCGCCCGUUGCUACUUCGGUCCGUCGCGCCUACUACGAUCCAUCGCAAAACAUGACCAUGACGCUGCCCCUCUCCGGCCUCUCGCCGCCGUCGAAAGGAUUCUUCGCGCCCUCGUCUUUGCCCAACUCGAGAAGCGACGUUACGCCCAACGGCGCCGUCUCCUCGGCCGUCCCCAGCCGAGGACGCAGACGGGAAUCCAUCACCGGCCAGAUGCGACGCAAAGCCACCGACACCGCUUCGGCGGCUGGCGCAGGCGGCGCCUCGCUCCUGUCGAUGAGCCGAGGCGCCGCGGGCAUGCCUGCCUCGCCCAACGGCCGUGCCAUCCCCAUGACCGCUCGCUCGCCGCGCAUGGCCGCCGUCGAGAUGGGCGGCCUCUCGACGUCGUUCGGCGCGGCUGCCGAAGCGCUGUCGCUGUCGUCGUCCAUCACCUCCAACUCGACCGUGGCGCCCGGAUCGUUCCAGGCGCGCAGCAACGCACAGCCCAUCCAGCGCGAAAACCGCUCGCAAGGCCACUCGCAUCUGGGCGUCGAGUGCUUUGGCCCGUCGAGUCUGGACAGCAGCAUGCCCAUGCCGAGCCCAGGCAUGAUCACCUCGCACGCCAAUGGCGGUGCUGACGGCGUCGCCAAGCGCGACCGCCGCGCUUCGGUAAGCUCGACGGGCACCAUGGUCGACGACGAGGACGGCAAGGGCGGCAAGCACGAGCAGCUGCACCGAUGCGAGAGCUGCGCCAAGGUGUAUCGUCACCCGAGUUGUCUGAUCAAGCACCGGUGGGAGCACACGGUGUACUGGAAGGAGGCGUCCAAGUUUCUGAUGAGCAAGCAUCAGCAGGUGCAGCUGCUCGAGGCGGCGGCGAUCCUGGUAGGCAUGGACGCCAAUGCGCGAUCGCUGCCGGAGGAGAAGGCGCUGUGGCCUGCGGCGGUGAGUCCGCCGUCGUCGGGCCUGUUGGGAUCGGAGCAGAUCAACUUUGAGACGCUCAUGGCGUCGAAACGGCGCAACACGGUGUCGAGCAAUGCGAGCGCGAGCCCGGCGCGUGGGCCUACGCCUGCGUUGGUGCCCAACGACAGCAGCGACGGCAGCACGACGAGCACGUACGAUCCGUCGAUGCGCAGUGCGACCAUGAGCCCGCUUGCGGGCCUGGGCAACAUGCGUCUGAGCGACGGCGAUGCCAAGCAUGGUCGCUUCCGUAUGGACGACGGCGCGAGCGGAAGCGGCAGCGGCAGCGACCGCGCCGACCGCUCCGGAUCCGCCGACAUGUUUGACGAGGAAGACGAGGUGGAGGAGCGCGACGACAACGGCGAGGAACGCUAUGGCGCCGAUGCCGGCGGCGACGUGAUGGCCAACAUGGAGAUGGACGACGUCAACUAG